CCCUCUCUUGCCAUCUUAUUUUUUGUCACCAAGCAUAGAGCUAGUUAGGUGCACGGUAUAUUUCCGAUCCCCAUCGACCACUGAUAGCGAGGCAAAUGACCAUCCAGCGUCAUUCUAACCACCUAUGCACGCUGAGCCGAACAUAGUAGCCUUGUCCUCUCCCCUCACACUCCACGUCAGGAUUCUCCCCACAUUACCGGCCACAGGCAUCAUCAGCGUAGUAAACUUUGGGGGGAGCCAGAGAUCCGCGAUCCGCAUCAUCCGCAUUCUGGCGGUCAAGAUUGGCUGCCGUACCCUUGACCGAGGGCAAUGUGGAGGCAGCGCGGCAUUUCGGAAGGCGAUUCCGCGACAGCGGUUACGCACGGUUUCUCGUAGCAGCAGGAUGGAUGGCGGAAUGAGCGCAGUCCAAAGCCGCUACUACAUGGUUAGAGGAAUGCAGAUCGUGCAAGGGGGUGGAGGUGAUGGAGCGCCGGCGGAAAUGUCAGUUGAGAUAGAUGAGAACUGCUUGGACUUGAGAGCUGCGAAGAGAGAUGGUUUGGUGCGCGAAGGUGAUAAGGGGAAAAGCCUCGCCAAGAGUUCAACGGCGACCGACGCCAAUGCUUAUUUUGGGGGACUGGUUCAUGGCCUUAAUUAAACGCCAUCUACUACUCCAACGCAUCUUUAUCUACUCGGUUUUUAAUCAUAUUGCAUAAUCAAUCAUUUAUUCUGUAAAGGAAAUCAUCGAUAUACAGCAAAACAAGAGCCAUAUUGCACAUCAGAUGGUGCGGGUAUCAAGCAAAAAAU